UUCGAAAGACUGUCGGACAGGGAGAGGAGAGACACGCAGCUGCCCGAGGCUUGGGUCACAUCGCUGGCACAGAAAGAAAAAAACUCAGUCAAGACGGUGAAGAAAGAAGCUGAAAGAUGAAGACUUUGGUCCUCCUGGCUCUGUGCUCCCUGACAGUCAUAUGUGUGACCUCAGGUGCAGCCACCGGCCCUCAGCCUGCUGGAGACAAUCCACCUCAGGAGGGGUUGUUUGUGGAGAGAGAGCAGGCUUCCACGGUGGUGAGGCAGAAGAGAGCUGCUGGAGAGUUAUCCCUAACUCAGCUGGAGAGCCUGAGAGAGGUGUGUGAGGCCAACAUGGCCUGUGAGGACAUGAUGGACACGAGCGGCAUCAUCGCCGCCUACACCGCCUACUAUGGACCAAUCCCCUUUUAGAAGCACGGCCACGACUGGACCGCUCAGCAAAACCGCCCCCUCUCCUCCGCAGAUCCUUUAUCGAGCCGGAUCUCUCCCUUGCUGCCAAGUAAUGUUUUGUUCGAGCGAAAGAAGAGCAUUCCGUCUUACAUACACUUGCAAAUAUGUAUUUCUCUGCCUGUAGAGUAGUGUGAUGAAAGUAAAUAAAGAUUAAUCAAACUCUG